AUGGAGCAAGCAAGGAAGUUAUUUCAUGAUAGGGCGCCGCCGGCACAGCCCAAAAGCCCUGAGAAGAACCCCCACAGUAUGACGACCAGGCCCGAGAGGUCUGUCGAUGUACCAGCGAGGCAGAGGGACAAGUCGGUACAGAUAGCUCGAAGUGUGAAGAUAGCGCUACUGCAUGUGGGAAAGGUAGAGAAGCGGCUCAGAAAGAUAAAGAAGCUGCUCAACGAGAAUCCCACAACACCAUCGGAUAACAACGACUCUGAAAGUGACCCUUCCGAAGAUUCCGAAGAAGAACCCGAUGUUGUCAUGUUGUCCUCGUCCUCGUCCUCGAGUGGCUAG